GUUCUCUCCCGACUCGACCCAACGGCCGUGCGAGUCCGCCGACCACAUCCCUCGUCCACACAUCCACCACAGGCUGCUGGGCCGCCGUUUUCUCUCUCUGUCACCGUUCUCGUCUUGUGUCUAUCUGCGCGAUCAAAAUGCAGGAGUUCGAGGCGAAGCUCAUUGCGGCCGCAACGGGGUCGACCGUGACCGCCCUAACAAUGACCCCCUUCGACGUUGUAAAAACACGGCUACAGACACAACCACCAGCUCCUCCACGGUCGCUCUUCCCAAAUCCUCCGCCGAACACAUGUUGUCAGCCGUCAGCAACCGUGUGCGUGCGAAAUAUGUCCUCGCUGGUCAGGGCGGUGGAAGGCGAGGUGGUGUGCGUAUGGGACCACGGUGUGUACCGGACAGAGCGGGUGAACGGCUUUUUCGACGCCAUCCGCCAUGUAUGGCGAGUGGAGGGCGUUGCGGGCCUGUGGAAGGGCGCUGGGACGUCUCUACUCAUUGGCGUGCCUUCAUCAACAUGCUACAUGCUCACAUACGACCAUCUACUGAACGUCGUCCUCCCGCCACUACUCCCCCAACCUAUGGUCCCUCUUUCCGCAGGCAUCCUCGCGCGAACAACUAUCACGUCCCUCAUGUCCCCUCUGGAGCUCGUCCGCACAAACCUCCAGUCAACACCACCUUCACCUGACCACCCCCACACCCUCCGCUCUGUCCUGACCUCCGUACGAAGCAUAGCGCAAACUCGCGGUUGGCAUUGCCUAUGGCGCGGCUUGGGACCUACGCUCUGGCGAGACGUACCGUUCAGCGGUCUUUAUUGGGCGGGCUACGAGUCGUGCAAACGCAACUUCGAAGCGCGCGGACACACGGGCGCAGGGGUUGCGUUUGCGAGCGGCGCGAUCAGCGGCACUACCGCUGCGCUGCUGACCUCACCUUUUGAUGUGCUGAAGACGCGGAGACAAGCGAUGCUCAUGUCAGCCACAAGCAAGACUACGUCGUCGAUACCCUUGCUCUUGGAGAUUGUCCGAACAGAAGGGGUCUCGACGCUGUACGCCGGCAUUGUGCCUCGCAUAACAAAGAUCGCGCCGGCGUGCGGAAUCAUGAUUGCUUGCUUCGAGGGCGUUGGGCGGCGGUUGAUGACUCCAGACCAUAGACAUGACGACUCACCAUAGACCGUACCAUACCAUUGCAUGUGCACACUACUUUGUAGAUCCAUCUAUUACCCCGGGGGAAACAAUACAGCGACUGUAAUAUCACA